AUGACUCUGCUUUCUCUGUUUAUCAUAGUUGGCAUCCUCUUCUUCUAUAAGCUGCCGCCAUGACCCUGACGAAAGGCUCCUUCACCUACUCCAGUGGGGAGGAAUACCGCGGCGAGUGGAAAGAGGGCCGGAGACAUGGUUUUGGUCAACUGAUGUUUGCUGAUGGUGGCACCUACCUGGGUCACUUUGAGAAUGGGCUUUUUAAUGGCUUUGGGGUACUGACCUUCUCAGAUGGGUCAAGGUAUGAGGGGGAGUUUUCCCAGGGCAAGUUCAAUGGCGUCGGAGUCUUCAUUCGAUAUGACAACAUGACCUUUGAGGGGGAAUUUAAAAAUGGGAGAGUGGAUGGCUUUGGCUUGCUGACUUUCCCAGACGGUUCUCACGGACUACCCCGCAAUGAAGGCCUGUUUGAGAACAACAAACUUCUGCGCCGUGAGAAGUGCUCCGCCGUGGUUCAGCGGGCUCAGAGCGCCUCCAAGUCAGCCAGGAACCUCACUGCCUGACGGAGCUCUGGGUGCAGCCGGAAAGUAUCUGUAAAGCAGUGGUGUCCCUUGUGUGCGUGCGAGGUGAACAAAUGACCUGGAAGUGAGAUGA